UGGCUGUAUUGCAGAGUCCUGUGGGUGGGGACUCUCUUUUGAGCUGUCUGUUCCUGGAAGAUAGGAGCCACAGCUGGGGAGAAUUGGGCGACCAUACAGUCGCUUCCUCUCCCCCUUCCCUCCUACGCUCCUGGUUGCGGUUUAGAGCUUCAGGUUGGUUUUUGUCUCUGGUCUACAGGAAAAAGCAGCUCACCUAUUGAGCAGAGAUCAUUCCUGUGGAACAGGCAUCAUGGCUGCCUCUGCCCCCUUGAGAACCUUGGAAGAGGAGGUGACAUGCUCUAUCUGCCUUGACUACCUGAGGGAUCCAGUGACCAUCGACUGUGGCCACGUCUUCUGCCGAGGUUGUGUCAUCGAUAUCCGAGCACCCCCGGGAGGCCGCCCAUCGUGCCCACUCUGUAAGAAGACAUUUAAGAAGGAUAAUAUUCGUCCAGUUUGGCAGCUGGCCAGCCUCGUGCAGAAUAUCGAGAGGCUCAAUGUGGAAAAGGGGAGAGAAGCUAAGGAGAAGAGAUCUGAGCCGAUGACAAUGAUGCAGUGUGAACGGCACAAGGAGAAGCUACACUAUUACUGUGAGGAUGAUGGACGGUUCCUUUGUGUGAUGUGCCGGGAGUCCAGGGAGCACAAGUACCACACGGCCAUCCUCAUUGAGAAGGCUGCCCAGCCCCACCGGGAGAAAAUCCUGAGUCAUCUGGGAACCCUGCGGAGAGACAGAGAGAGGGUUCAGAGCUUUCAAAUGAAGGGGGAAACUGAGAUUCAGCACCUGCUGACCAAACUCCAGAUGGAGAGGCAGAGCAUUGCCUCAGAGUUUGCCCAGGGGCAUCAGUUCCUGAGAGAACGAGAGCAGCACCUGCUGGAACGACUUGAGGGACUAGAGCGAGAGAUCAUCGAGGGGAGAGAGAAAUACAGUCUUAGGGCCUCUGGAGAGCUCACCAGGCUUGGGAGUGUAAUCUCAGAACUGGAGGAAAAGGCUCAGCAACCAGCAGCAGAGCUCAUGCAGGACACCAGAGACUUCCUGAUCAGGUUUCCUCGGAAGAAGUUCUGGAGUGGGAAACCCAUUGCCCCAGCUGUUAGAAAAAGGACUGGAGAAUUCUCUGAUAAGCUUCAUUCCUUACGGAAAGGCCUGAGGGAAUUCCAAGGGAAGCUGCUGAGGGUUCUGGAAUAUAAGACAGUGAACGUCACUUUGGACCCCCAGACAGCCAGUGGAUACCUUAUAUUGUCUGAGGACUGGAAAUGUGUGUCCUUUACCAACAUGUAUCAGAGUCUAUACCAACACCCCCAGCAGUUUGAUCCUGAACCUGCCGUUCUGGGUAGUAAGGGCUUUACCUGGGGCAAAGUCUAUUGGGAAGUGGUAGUGGAGAGGGAAGGAUGGGGGGAAGAGGAAGGGGAGGAAGAAGAAGAAGGAGAGGAGGAAGAAGAAGAAGAAGAAAAUGGAUAUGGGGAAGGAGAGGAGGACUGGGAGACAGAUGAGGAUGAUGAAUCAGGUGGAGAUGAAGAUGAAGAUGAUCUGGAAGAGGAUGAUGUUGUUCAGGAGUCCUGUCUGGUGAAUUCACAGAAGCCCAGAGAAGGCAAGUUGAUUGCGUAAGGUCCCCCAGCAAGUUAAUGGCAGCAUAGAAUUAUAGGACUUAUAGUUGGAAGAGAUGAUCGAGAUCAUACAGCGCACCAGUCCCCUUCCCUCUUUUAUUGUACAGUUUUCAAGGAAACUGAGGCCAAGAACUACAGGGGAAAUCAAUCAUUCAGUCAGUCAGUCAAUCAAAAUGCAUUUGUUUAGUGUCUACCAUGUGUUAAGCACUUGCUCUGAAGUCAGAGGACCUAGGUUCAAAUCCUGCUUCUGACAUUACCUAUGUGACCUUGGGCAAAGCUCUUUAACAUCCCAAGGCCUGAGAUGCUUCAUCUGUAAAAUGAAAGGUUGUACUGGAUGGCCUCUGAAGAUCGGCCAGUAGGUCUAGAUCUAUGAUUGUAUGAUAAUAAGGGACUUGCCCAAGGUCACAAAGGUCAUCAAUAGCAGAACCAAUACUCUGACAAAACCAGAAUUUCUGAUUCUGAGUCCAGUGUUUUGCUUACUACAUCAUGUUGGUAUGUCAACCAGAGGGUAAAGACAAAAUUGGGUGGGGGUGGGGGGGUUGACUCCAGUUCAGAUAAUUAAGAAUUGAAAGUAAAUUUGAAGUAACCAGCUUUACCCAAUUCUUCCCUUCCCCUCCAUCACCUCCAUAUGUCUACCUGUAUUGGUCUCCAGAUGAAGCAGCAAGUUUUCUGGGGGAGAGCAGAAAUAGAGAGAUGAGAUUGGAUCCAGUCUAAUGCAUCAGUCAGGUACCCCCUCUGUACUGCAGGCCUAUUGUGGACAGAGGUCUUUCUGUCCUAGGCACUGUGGGGAAAUCAAGAGGGAUGAAAAGCUCUCUGUUUAAUGGAAGAGAAAUGGUCCUUCUCUUUAGGAAACCCCUAGUCUAAAGAUUAAGGGAAAAUCUAGCCCUUGCUUUUAGUGAGCAGGGUUGGAAGGUUGGGAGAUUAUUGAAUUAAUAGAACGAUUAGCAUAUAAUGGAGUUAAUUAGGGCAGGCUUUUUGGAAGAAUGGAGUCUUGAACCAGGUUCUAAAGGCGGAGAGGGAAAGGCCUUGGUGAAGAAUAGAGAGUCCUGAAUUCUCCCUUCCCCCAGAUUUGUGCAGGUGGGAUCUGGAAAAAUUAUAGUUCCCUUAUUUGUUACCUGAGAAUUUCGCCAUCAUUUCCGGAAGAACACAUAUUUUUUGGUGGAGAUCACGGAUCCUUCUCACCAGGCCAGGAGAAAUAGGUUCUGGACUGAUAUAUGUCCCCUUCUCAUACCUGCAUACACAGUUUACUAAUAAAUUAUUUUUAAGUCCACUGAAAGAUCAGAGUGACACAACCCCUGAUUAUUUUUGCUGAUUUUUUCCUCUUCUUUUUCUUUUUUUCCUUGUGUUUAAAAAGAAUAUUUGUUAUGUGGAAUGACACUCCUGAGAAGGAGGAGAGGAAGGAUGCUGGGGAAAACUAUGAUGAUUUAAAAACAAAAUAUAUCAAUAAAAACUUAUUAAAAAUAAAAUAAAAUAGAAAGUGGAAAAUGGGAGAGGCCCCACAGGAUUGGAGAAAGGAAAAUGUCUCAGUUUUCAAAAGAGCAAAGAGAAUGGAGUCUAUAUAGGCUAUAAAGCAAGCUUGGCUUCAGGUUUCACUUCAGACAAAAUGAUUGUGGAACUUCAAGAAAAGGAAUUUCUGGUCACAGAGUUUGCAUGAAUUUGCCAAAACCAGAUUAAACUAGACUAACAUUAUUUCCUUUUUUGACAGGAAUAUUAAUCUACUAUGUCAAGAGAGUGUUGUAGAUAUAGUUUAGAUUGUAGCAAAGCAUUUGAUAAUCUCUUAUAUUAAUAUUGUGGUAAAUAUGGGAAAAUGUGAACUAAAUAAUUAGAUUGUUUUGGAACUGGUUGAAUGGCUAGACCCAAAAGUAGUCAUUAGUGGUUUGAUGUCAACAUAGCCUACAAAAGGAAGUAGAAAUGUCAAUAAAGAAAACAAAGCUAUGAAGAGAAGCUGUUCUAAACCAAGUAUACACAGACUGAAGAGGCAGGCACUGGAGGCAACAUGGUUUUGAGAAUGUUGGGAAAUUAAUUCCUAAUAUGUCUGAAAGAGAGGAGGCUUGGAAAAAGAUUCCCAAAAUUUCAGACCCGAUUAUUAUCAAAAAGAUGAACUAGAUUAUAUUAAUAACUACUCACCUACUUUCUUAAUUCUACAAAAUUUUUAUGAGAAUAUCAUACACAGGCAUUUUAUGAGAAUAUCAUACCUUGAUGAAGGUAUGAGAAACAAGCAAACUUUUGGAAAUGAAAUUUAUGGGAUCAUAGAUUUAAAGCUGGAAGGGGCCUAGAGAUCUCAUUGAGCUUAACCUUUUCAUUUAUAGAUGAGGAAACGGAAUCCUAGAAAGUAGUAACUUGCCAAAGGUGACCCAGGCAGUAAGUGGCAGAACUGGGAUUUAAAAUUUGAUAGAUUUGGAUCUAUUACCCUUUCCAGCAUAUCAUACUGUCACUCUAGAGUAGACCAUACAUUUUCAGUCACAUAAUUGAAAGGCAUUGCAAAUACAAGAUCCCACUUUACUUACUAUUAAAAUAUUUUUACUUUACUGAGGACAAUGCCACCUUGAAGACUUCUCCAAUAUAAGCAUUUUCCGUGUUUGUAAUAUGGCACGCCUUGAAAGAUAUUAACAUAAGAAAUAACUUUAUUUAUAGUGUCUUAUUAUCAUUGUCAAGUGAUGCAUGAAGUGGAUAUACAUAUGCUUACUAAAGGUUUUUGUCACUGUCGUGGUAUAUGUACAAUAUAAUAUAAAUUAGAUAGUGAGUUUCUCUCAAUGUUCCUAUUUGUAUAUGAUAUGCUGACUACGUCUCUUAAGUGAGGCAUCUCCUAUAUAAAUGUUCAGAAGAGUCCUUUAUAACUAUCUACACUAAAAGAACCAAGUGGAUGAACAAUGCCUAUUGUGUAGACUCUGUGUUAUAAAACUGGACGAACAACUCAUCCACUAGUAUGUCAAUCUUAGAAUGACACUACAUGUGAACAAUGACCCUGGACCCAGCACUGAAUAGGAAGAGGAGGAGAGCAGCUUGGAUUGCCUAUAGGAAAUUGUGCAAUGACUUUAAUGACCUAAAACUUCUCUCUGUAAUAAAGGCAUGCCUUUGAAAAAAUAA